CUACUUUGUCGUUGUGCUGGCACCAGUGACAUUUUCCUGCUUUUUCUUCUUGCACCCUUUCCUCUUUGAAAUCGUUCCAUGUCCCAACCGGUUCCUGUUUCCGUUUCUUUCAGACAGUAGCCUCAUCAAGGUCAAGAUGGGGCGGCGUCCGGCACGAUGCUACCGCUACUGCAAAAACAAGCCCUACCCGAAGUCCCGGUUCUGUCGUGGUGUCCCCGACCCUAAGAUCCGUAUCUUCGACUUGGGCAAGAAGAAGGCCUCAGUAGACGACUUCCCACUAUGUGUGCACCUCGUCUCUGAUGAGUAUGAACAGCUCUCGUCUGAGGCUCUUGAGGCCGGACGUAUCUGCUGCAAUAAGUACUUGGUGAAGAACUGCGGCAAAGAUCAGUUCCACAUCAGGAUGAGACUGCACCCCUUCCAUGUCAUCCGCAUCAACAAAAUGUUGUCCUGUGCUGGAGCUGAUAGGCUCCAGACUGGAAUGCGUGGUGCCUUCGGCAAGCCUCUUGGUACUGUUGCCCGAGUUCGCAUUGGACAGCCCAUCAUGAGUGUCAGAUCUAGCGACCGUUUCAAGGCUGCAGUUAUUGAAUCCCUCAGGCGUGCCAAGUUCAAGUUCCCUGGUCGUCAGAAGAUCUACGUCUCCAAGAGGUGGGGAUUCACCAAGUACGACCGUGAAGACUACGAAAGGCUGAAGGCUGUUGGUAUCCUUGCCAAUGAUGGUGUCAACGUCAAGUACAGGCCUGAGCAUGGACCUCUUGAUGCGUGGAAGAAGGUUCAGCUCGAACUCGCCCGAGUUUAAGUAUUCAUCCUACUGCGCAAUGUCAUCUGUGCCUGGUGAUUAAUAAAGUCUUAACAUCAAUUUUCUCUCAA